CAGCCCGGAAAAAGGGGAUCUCACCCCCGGAGCUCUCCUUCCCUAUCCUCGCUCCUCACCGGGCGGUGGAUCCCAGUUAAACCAUCGGGACCGGCGCUUUGGGACCACUCUAGGGAGGAUUUUGGCCGUCUCCCCGUCUCCGUCCCCACUCCCGCCGGGCUCCACUCGCCCCCACUCGCGGGGACAGGAAGGCACCGCCUUCUCCAGCCCGCGGRGAAAAUGAAAGCGGCGGCUGCGGCGUCCCCGGAGCCCCAUGGCCGCGCCGAGCGCUCGGGACGAGCUCCUGGGGGACGCCUUCUGCCCCAUCUGCCUGGAAUAUUUCCGGGAGCCCGUGUCCAUCCACUGCGGCCACCACUUCUGCCGCUCGUGCAUCGAGCGCUGCUGGGAAUGGCCCCGGGCGCGGUUCGCGUGCCCGCGGUGCCGGGACACGGCCCCSGAGCGCAGCCUCCGCCCGAGCCGGGAGCUGGCGCGGGUGCUGGAGAUCGCCCGGCGCCUGAGCCGCGGGGAAGCGCUGCGAAUSGRSCAUGAGGAGGAGGAGGAGGAGGAAGGAUGCCAGAGGCACCGGGAGCCCCUGGAGCUUUUCUGCAAGGAGGACGGAGCUCUGCUGUGCGCGAUCUGCCGCGAGUCCCGAGCGCACCGCGCUCACACCGUGCUCCCGGUGCCGCAGGUUGUCCGGGAAUACAAGGGACAAAUCGAGGCUCGGCUGCAAAUCCUGAAGGACGGCAGAGACAAACUCCUGGAGCUCCGGGACACUGAAAUGAGGAAAAACUGGGAAUAUUUGGAGGAGACCGAAGCCGAGCGGCAGCGGAUUCUCUCCCAGUUCCAAGGGCUGCGCCUGUCCCUGGAGGAUCACUGCCGUCACCUCCUGGCUCGGCUGCGGGACCUGGAGAGGGACAUCGAGAAGGUGCAGGAGGAAAACAUGACGAGCCUGACCAAGGAGAUCUCCCGGCUGGACUCCCGCGUCCAGGAGCUGGAGGAGAAAUGCCGGCAGCCGGACAGGACCUUCCUGCAGGACAUCAGCGGCGCUUUCAGCAGGCUCGGAAAGGAAAACCUCCAGCUGCCCUCGUCACCUCUUCCAAAGCUAGAAAAGAAAAUUCAUCAUUUCAGGGAGAAAAAUCUUCUCCUGGAGGAAGAGCUGAGGAGCUUCCAAGACAUCCUGAUGUUUGAGCUGCCGGAGAAAAUGACGGUGACGCUGGACCCCAGCACCGCUCACCCCCAACUUCUCGUGGCGCCCGACGGGAGCAGCGUCAGCUGGGAAAGAGCCCGGGAGCCUCCCUGGGAUGGAAUCUACGGCACCGACCCCUCGGUGCUGGGCCGCGAGGCGGUGACGGGCGGGAGGCGCUGCUGGGACGUGCAGGUGGCACCCGCGGGGUCCUGGGCACUGGGGGUGGCCCGGGAGAGCCCCGAGGACGGCGGGGAGAGCCCCGAGUGGGAGCUGUGGUCCAUGGGGCUGUGCCAGGGCCRGUUCUGGGCUCUCACCUCCCUGGAGCGCAUCCCGCUGUUCCCGGGGCGAGCGCCCAGCCGGGUGCGGGUGGCCCUGGACUACGACAGGGGACAGGUGGCUUUUUUUGAUGCUGACAAGAGGCGGCUGAUCUUCGCCUUCCCGGCGGCCUCGUUCGAGGGGCAGAGCGUGCGCCCCUGGUUCCUGGUGUGGGGUGAGGGCUCCCGGAUCACCCUGUGCCCCUGAGCUUCCCCAAAUCCCCACAUUUAUCGCCCAUUCUCGGCACUUCGGGGAAUUUGCGUCUGCUGAAGUCUCUCCACCGCCCGCGAUGCUGAGCAUCCCUCGGGGUGGCUGUCCCGAGUGGUCACCCCCAAAUCUGGUGGCUGAAAACGGAGCCACGCCUGCCCCACCCCCUCUUGCACCAUCCCCAUCAAUUUUCCCUCCACUCCUCCGGCUUUGGAUGAAAUAAAAAAUA